GGUUACUAUGGCUGGGCCAGAGGAACGCGGGGGCCUGGGGGAGGCCGGACAGUGACGUGUGCGAUUCUGAAGGAAAGGAAGCCACAGGCGGGGCGCCCCGUGCGGCGAACGAGCGCACGUGGACAGACCUGCCGGGGAAAAUGAGCUACCCACACUGCCGUGACCAGACGUGAGCGUGGGAGGAACACUUUUGACAACACGAAUUGUGGCUUAAUCGUCCUUCCCACCAAGAAAGUCAUCGCGCGUUCUCGCACACCUGGCCUGGCGUGGCUGCGCGUGGAGGCGCCUGCUUUCGCCUCUUCUGCUUCAGCCGUGGAAGAUACACGCAGGGUGCCCACUAGAAAAGCAGUGUGUGGCCCACCUGAAGCUCAGCCUGCCUACAUAAUAAAAGAAAUUUCGAGCCAAAUACUGAAAUGAUGCCCUUAGAAGAUUCAGAAGAGGAAGACUAUUCGGACAGAACCAGCAGCGAAGAUGAUUCUGAUGAGGAUACCUUUAUGAAGUUUGCAAGUGAUAAACUCCAGCAGAGCACAGUUCUAACAGCUGAUUCCCUCAGUGACUCAGUUUUCCCGCGGACUACACAGAUUAUACUGGAAUAUCAGCGAGGGAAGUGGGUGCCUCGUCUUCGUGAACCACGUGAUUUAUUUGGUGUCUCUUCCUCUGGUCCACUGAGCCCAACACGGUGGCCGUACCACUGUGAGGUCAUCGAUGAAAAAGUCCAGCACAUUGAUUGGACUCCUUAUUCUGAGCCAGUGUACAUCCCAACAGGCCUAGAGGAAGAACCCUUAUAUCCCAACUCUAGUGAAGACACAGUGGUCUAUCUAGCUGAAGACGCUUACAAAGAGCCCUGCUUUGUGUAUUCCCGAGUCGGGGGCAACCGGACAUCCUUGAAGCAGCCUGUGGGUGACCUCGACAACACGCUGAUGUUCGAAGCAAGGUUUGAGAGUGGUAAUCUACAGAAGGUAGUCAAAGUGGCAGACCAUGAAUACCAGUUGACCGUGCGUCCCGACCUCUUCACGAAGAAGCACACCCAGUGGUACUAUUUCCAAGUCACUAAUACCCAAGCGGGAAUAGUCUACAGGUUCACUAUCAUCAACUUCACCAAGCCUGCUAGUCUUUACAGCCGGGGUAUGCGCCCACUGUUCUAUUCUGAAAAAGAGGCCAAGACUCAUAAUAUUGGCUGGCAGAGAAUAGGAGACCAAAUCAAGUAUUACAGGAAUAACCCUGGGCAAGAUGGGCGCCAUUAUUUCUCUCUCACGUGGACAUUUCAAUUUCCACACAGCAAAGAUACCUGCUACUUUGCUCACUGCUAUCCAUACACUUACACCAACCUGCAAGAAUACCUUUCUAGCAUCCAUAAUGACCCAGUGAGGUCAAAGUUUUGUAAAAUACGCGUCUUGUGCCACACGAUUGCUAGGAACAUGGUGUACGUUUUAACGAUCACUACCCCCUCGAAGAACGGGGACUCAAGAAAGCGCAAGGCUGUGAUUUUGACUGCGAGGGUACAUCCAGGAGAGACCAACAGCUCUUGGAUCAUGAAAGGCUUCCUCGAUUUUAUUUUAGGAGGCUCGCGCGAUGCACAGUUGCUCCGGGACACUUUCGUCUUCAAGGUGGUGCCCAUGCUGAAUCCUGACGGUGUGAUUGUAGGAAAUUACCGGUGUUCCUUAGCUGGACAGGACUUAAACCGAAACUAUACCUCUCUCCUAAAGAAGUUAUUCCCUUCUGUAUGGUCUACCCGGAACAUGAUCCGUAGACUGAUGGAGAAACGAGAGGUUAUUUUAUACUGUGACCUUCAUGGCCACAGCAGGAAAGAGAACAUCUUCAUGUACGGCUGCGGUGGUAGCGAUAGAUGUAAAGCAUUAUACCUACAGCAGCAAAUCUUUCCACUUAUGCUGAGCAAAAACUGUCCAGAUAAAUUUUCAUUCUCAGCUUGCAAGUUUAAUAUCCAGAAGAGCAAACAGGGAACAGGAAGGGUGGUAAUGUGGAAAAUGGGGAUCAGGAACAGCUUUACCAUGGAGGCCACUUUUUGUGGAUCCACUCUGGGUAAUAAACGAGGCACCCAUUUCAACACAAAAGACUUGGAGGCAAUGGGAUAUCAUUUUUGUGAUUCUCUCUUGGACUACUGUGAUCCAGACCGAAGUAAGUAUUAUCAGUGCCUAAAAGAAUUAGAAGAAAUGCAAAAACAUAUCAACCUGGAGAAAGUCCCUGAUGAUUCAGAUACUUCUCUGGAAGAAGUUGCUUUGGAUCUAGAGUCCAGUAGCCGAGGCUCCGACUGUUCAGAAUCCAGCGACUCUCAGGCCCCUCUUCUCAAGAUACAAAGCAAUAGAAAGCAUCUGAAAACGAGGAAGGAGAGAAAUGCUACCACAGUGAGCUGCCACCACAGCAGAGCCGGUCGAGAGGCUUGUGCUGAAGGACAUUUUGUGCAAAGACACAAAGACUCAAAUUCCGAUGUGAAAGAUAUGAGGCCAAAUGUAUCAGAUGAUUGUGUAUUUGGUUAUCUGAGAAGACAGCUUCCUAAUCCAGGUUUGGUGAAAAUUUCUGGACAAGCCCCUCCCUGCCUUCUAAAAGGACAUUUGAGCUCCCGAAGCACGAUUCAGAGGCUUAGCAAAGACCAACUGAGACAUAUCUUAGAAGCCCGUAAGAGGCCAAUCCAGGAGAUCAUUCAGCCCAAGAACAUAGAUUGGUAUGAAAACUGCCUCCGAGUGACAUCCCUAAAGCCUGCUACGAGCAAACAAAUUUCCAGUUGGACCGAGAAGACAAGGAUACCCACAGAAGAUCUGCAUCACAACAUAAAAAGCAAAAUGAAAAAAUCUGCCUCUUUCCAAAGCAAGAAGACUGGCAUAAAUUGGACAGAUGAUGAAAAAAGAAUGUACAGGAAUAAAAGAAUAACUCAAACGGAAGAAUUAUUGCAGUAUUUGAUCCCUAUCAUAAAAAGCACUAAAAAUGUGCAGACCACUCAGAUAAAACAGAUGCUCAACCCAAGAACCUGCUUCCAAAACCAACAUCAAAACCCAGCUACUUGUAUGAACAUAAAGAGAUACAGCGCACCUUGGGUACCACCCAGACACUCCCCUUUUAUGAGCCACGGGAACCUUAUGGUCAGCUCUGCACAAUGGCUCCAGCCUGUGUCCCAGAGGUCAUUCGCAAGUUUGUCAACUUCCAAAAGGCAGGAGAAAACAUGUUCUCACUUCAAGGGCAUAAGGACCAAAGACAUGACACCUGUCAACAGCAAAUGGGAAACCACAUCCUCGAGUUUCGAAAAAGAUGGGAAUAUUAUCAAAGGCAAGAGUCUUCAAGCUAAGGAAUCCAACCAGCAAAGCCCUGUGUAGUAGCUCUCCCAUCCCGCUGAAAAUAAGGGUGAGCAGCCAGAUACGAAUGAUGGACAACCCACCUUCCAUUUGGAGUUCCAGAGGCAGAAAGAAUGUAGCUUCACGCUGCUCUGAAAACUUGGGAUGAAAGAUCACACGUGCUUACAUAUUAAAGAGAAAGAAAAGCCCUCUGCCCACCUCUAGCACUGUUCCCCCCCACACACGUGCACGAGCCCAGGUCAGACUACAGAGUCUAGACACCCAUCUUCUUUAGUGGGGCAUCUUUCGGAGACAGACUCAGAGAUCUGGGGAGAACACAGAGGAUUUUAAAAUCUUCUCAAGUAUUUAUAUUUCAUUUUUCUCAGGGUGGGAAAAAAUUCUCUGAACCUUUUAUUUCACCCAAAAUGACCUAUGCAUCCAACACCGAAGAACCAGGAACUCAGGAGGGAAUGACCUGUCCUGUCUCUCACCGACUUUAAUGUCCCUACUAGGCACUUGAAUGAAUCAGUCGACAAACACUUCCUGAACUUCUGUUUUAUCUGUAGUGUGAUAGAAAACACUGGUGAUUUUUUAAAAAGCGGGGGGAGAAGACAUUUCUCCCCACCAGAAGAUUACUGUAUAAUUGUACAUACAAAACAUGCAUGACUAAAAUAAUUACAGAAUAAGAUAGAUAAUGCACAGUAAAGUGCUGAGAUUCAAACAAUUUGAAAAAUACUAUAUAUUGAAAAAUGCUAAUAACACAGAGCAAAAGUUUGGCACAAAAUGGCUCUGAACUAUGUAGGUUUAUAGGUUAUGGUUUGCAAUAGUCAUUUCACUUCUGAAAAUUUAGCAGAAAUGUAAAAGACGAGAUGGGCAGUGUCCUUUAGAGCCACUGAAUGUGCAGCUUCGGCUUCAUGAGGAGCAAGUGGAGCCCCUGGUGGUUUGUCAUCCAGGAGACACACUGCUGAGAAACGGUUGUGUCAGCCAGUGGAGUGGGGGACGAGGGCAGGGGGUGGGUGAGAACCGACCCGGCCUGCAGUCGCUGUCAGUGAAGGUGCCCAUCACAGGAUGAAGGUAAGAAGCCUGCGGAUCGGGUAGGAGAGGGACCUUGCAGGCACAGGCCGCAAGCCUCGUUAGGUCACUACAGCCAGAUGGAACCUGACAGGCUGAGGUUGGGCAGCCUAGGCUCAGUGAUAUUUUCAGCAGCCAAAGAGAAUUCACGGAGAGCUCGUUGGGAUAUUAAAGAGUAAGUAUGAUGUUUUGGUUUUGGUUUUGAAUAGACCGCAUUUUGUAGAGAAGUUUUAGGGUCAUAGCAAUAUUGAGCAGGAGGCACGGAGAUUUCCCGUAUCCUCCCUGGCCCCCGUAACCACAGCCCACCAGAAUGCUACAUGUGUUACAACUGCCGAACCCCCGUUGAUACCGUGCAUCCUUAUGCCCUGAGCUCCCUGUUUCCAUUAGGUUUCACUCUUGGUGUUGUACAGUCCAUGGGCUUGGACAAAUGUAUAAGGAAGCAUAUCCAUCAGUACUGUAUCAUACAGAGUAGUCCACUGCCCUAAAACUUCUCUAUGCUCUGCCUUCUAACCCCGGACAACCACUGAUCUUUUUACUGUCUCCACAAUUUGCCUUUUCCAGAAUAUCACACAGUUGGAAUCAUAUAGUUUGCAGGCCUUUUCAGAUUGGCUUCCUUCACUCAGUGAUAUGUAUAUAAAUUCUAUCUUUUUUUUAUGGCUUGAUAGCUCAUUUUUAGUGGUAAAUAGUAUUGCAUUGUCAAUUAAAUGUAUAAUCUACCAAUGUUAAGAAAAAGAAGAAGAAACAAAUGACCAAUCAGAAAUGAAAGCAGGGCCACCAAAACUGAUCACAUAGACAUUGAAAGCAUAAUAAGGGAAUACUAUGAACAGCUCUUUGCCCACAAAUUUGAUAACAGAUGAAAUGGAUCAACUCCCUGAAAGACAAAAUCUGCCAACAUUCAUACAGGAAUAGACGGUCUUAAUAGACCUUAUAACAAUUAAAGAAAUUUAAUUAAUAAAUAAAAACCUGCUGGAAGAGCAACACCAGGCCCAGAUGGGUGCACUGGUAAAUUCUGCCAAAAAUUUAUGACAAAAAUUUAAACCAUUUCUCUACAAUCUCUUCUAAAAGAUAGAAAGAGAGGGAAUACUUCCUAACAUACUCCAUGAGGCCAAGAUUGCCUUAAUAUUAAAACCAGACAAAGAUACUACAAAAAAGGAACAUUACAGACCAAUAUCUCUCAUAAUCAUACAUGCAAAAAUUCUCAACAAAAUAUCAGAAAAAUGGAAUCCAGUAACAUCUAAAAAUAAUACACCACGGUCAAGUAGCCUUUAUUCUAGGUAUGCAAGGCUGGUUCGAUAUCUAAAUAUCAAUCCAUCGCAUCAACAGAUAGGAAAACCAUGUUAUGUGAUCGUAUCAAUAGAUGCAGAAAAAGAACUUGGCAAAAUUCCACACACACAUUCACGAUUAAAAACUCCCAGCAAAUUUGGAAUGGAGGGAAACUUCCUCAGCUUCAUCAAGAACAUCUACCCCCAAACCUACAGCUAACAUUUUAAUGAUGGGAAAGUAGGUGCUUUCCUGCUAAGAUCAGAAACCAGCACAGAUGUCUGUCCUCCCGUUCCUGUUCAACACCGGAGUGGAGGCCUAGAUAAUUCAGUAAGACAAGGAAGUAACCGGUAUGCACAAGUAAAACUAUGUUUGUGCACGGGGAACGAGAUUGUCUAUGUAGAAAAUCCCAGAUAAACAAAACAAAACCCCACAGGAAAUAAUAAGCAAUUAUAGCAAGGUUGCAAGAUACAAAAUUAACAUACAAAAGUGAAUCAGUCUUAGAUACCAGCAAUGAACACAGGAAUUUGAAAUAAAAAAACAAUACCAUUUACCUUAGCGCCAAAAAAAAAAAAAAAGAAAAA